UCCAUCACAUGUUGUAGUAUAUAUAUAUAUAUAUAUUAGUAUUUUUUUCCCAUGAUGGAACAUAACCGUUCUGAGGAAGGAGAUGGAAGCAUUCAUGUACAAGUUGGUGAACUCCAGAGGCUCAGCAAUGCCUACAGCAGCACAAGCAACACAGUUUUCGAGCCGCGAAGCAGCAUAGGAACGAGGGACAGCAAUGGUGCUGAUGUGUCUUCAGCAACUUGUGGAGUUGCUGCACCAGAAAAGAAGCUUACCCUUUUUGCUCUAAGGCUUGCAGUGCUUGAGAAAUCAGCAACUGGCCUUGGAACUCUUGGAUUCAUUUGGGCAACUGUUGUUCUCCUUGGUGGCUUCGCCAUCACGUUAGAGAAAAGCGACUUUUGGUUCAUCACAAUCAUACUAUUGAUUGAAGGGACUAGAAUCUUCAGUAGGAGCCAUGAACUUGAGUGGCAGCACCAAGCAACAUGGUCUAUUACUGAUGUUGGAAUCAACAGUUUCAAGAUUCUAAGGUCAACUUCAACCUCAAUUUUUCAAAGCAUCAAGAGGCUCUUCAUUAGGCCUAUCAUUGGAUCAGAACAGAGCAAACAGAGGAUUGACAGAGUAGUUAAUCCAGAGGAGAAGAAUUUCGCAAGGACGGCGACACGAGUGUGGAUUAGCUCUGAUGUUCCUCUUCUUCCAUAUGUUGAAUGGUUUUCCCUUUCAAGGAAUAUCAGCAGGAUUCUCUAUUGGCUUCAGCUUCUAUCUGCAACUGCUUGUGUUGUUCUCUCAUUGAUAAAACUCAUCAGUCAUGAUUAUGGAGAAGUGGAAAAGGGAGACACUGAUAAGAGGAACCGAAAAUCUGCGCUUUUUAUAUUCUACUCUUUGGCUCUGGCUGAGGCAUUGUUGUUCUUGGCAGAGAAGGCUUAUUGGGAAUGGAAAAUAAGUUACUGCAAAUUGUUGGAAGAGGUUAACAAAGAGUGUGAGUUGGGGCCAACAGGCAUGGUUUCUAUUAGGAGAUUCUUUUAUGACUCGUAUUCGAGGUGUGUCAAUGGAAGCAUAUUUGAUGGCUUGAAGAUGGACAUGGUUACUCUUGCUAUGGAUUUCUUGGCCUCAAAUUCUCCUGAUGAGCAGCUCAUUGGGGCUAGAAUACUUCGCCGGUUCGCAGUGAGUGCACGAUUUGCUGAUGACACUCUUCAGAAGAUUGGAAUUUCAGUAAUUGUUGUGGAGAGACUAGUUGAGAUGUUGAAUUGGACAGAUCAGAAUGAUGAAGAGAUUAGGCUUUCGGCUGCAGAGAUUUUAGCUGAACUAGCAGGCAAGAAGCAGAACUCGCUUCGCAUUGCUGGGAUACCUGGAGCUAUGGAGUCAAUAUCAAGUCUUCUCCAAACUAACAGGCAUUCUAAUCCUGCAGCUGAUGAAAUUGGAGAAAAGAAGCUCAUAUUUGAUCAUCCAAACUAUGGAUUCUGGACAUUUAACCAACAUGGACUCCGGAUUUUGAAAAAACUCGCACGCGAUCAUGACAACUGUGGAAAGAUUGGAAACACAAGAGGCCUGCUACCCAAGAUCAUUGAAUUCGCACAUGCCGAAGAAAGAUUGCUGAAGAAUGUGAAUGUCACUCCUUCACAAGUUGUGACUGUGAAGAGAUCACUUCAGCUUAUGAAGAUGCUGGUUAGCACAACAGGCUCAACUGGGAAACAACUUCGAAGAAAGAUUUCUGAGAUAGUUUUCACAAUCAGCAAUAUCAGAGAUAUUCUGAGGUAUGGAGAGAACCACCCUCUUCUACAGAAACUGAGCAUUGAAAUUUUAACUAGUCUUGCUUUGGAAGAGGAUGUGAAGGAGCGAAUUGGAGGCACAGGUGGAAUACUUAAGGGAUUGUUCAACAUAUUCUUCAAACAGAACAUUCCUGAAAAUCAGAUAGAUGUAACAACUGCUGCUGGAGAGGCCUUAGCAAUGCUGGCAUUAGAAAGCAAGAUGAAUUGCCAUCGAAUUUUGAAGUUGAAAGUACUCGAAAAGCUUGUAGAUUCAUUGAAAUCUCCGAUGCUUCGUGUCCAUGCUGCUAGGAUUCUUAGAAAUCUAUGCUCCUACAGUGGAUCAGAAUGCUUCAACCAGCUAAAGGUUGUUACAGCCGCAGCACCAACAAUACUUCUGGCAAUCAAAUCAGAAGAAAACAAGCUACAAGAAGUCAUGGUUGGAUUAGCAGCAAAUGUUUUCACAUUCAUGUCCUCUCAGGAAUCAAGCUAUGUAUUUCAAGAAGCUGGAAUCACUGAAGUUGAACUGGCAAGUAUACUAGUACAUAUUCUCAAGAAGCACAAGUAUCCAGCAACAAAGGUGCCGAGGAUAAGGAGGUUUGUGAUAGAGUGUGCAAUUUCGAUGAUGAAAGACAAAGCAGAAAACAUAGAUACCUUCAAGCAUAUGGGAAUGGAGAAGGUACUGGAAGGUGUAUUAGAAACCACAUCAGAGCUUGAAAGCUUCAAUGUUUUCUCUGGUACUGUUGGAUUGAACAGGCACAAUCUAACAAUACACUCACUGGUUGAGACAGCCUUGAAGUUGCUGGAAAACAGGUGAAGUAAUACAUCACUUUUGAACCAUAUUGUAAAAUCAGUAAUCCAUGUUAACCUUGAGCAAAAAUUGUAAAUUUGUAACACUGUACACUGUUGUUUGUUUUGUGUAAAUGUAUAUUAUCCCACAUUAAUUUUGAUUUUGGUUUUUGGUUCUUAUGGUUAUUUAUUUAUUUUUUCCUCUAGAUUUUGAUUCUUCAGUCAAAGAAUCAAUGCUUUAUUGAUUUGUAUCAGUAAGGACCAAUUAUUAAUGAAAAUCCAGGAGGAACACUUUUCAGUGCUA